UCCACCCCCAAAUGUGUGUCAGACAAAUUUCACGUUACAAAUACAAUUCAUAUUAAGAGUACUUUAUUUUAUUACUAUUUUUUAAGAGACACACAUUUUACAUCUACAUUUUAUCUCUAGUGUGAAGUGAUAUUUUCUCUGAAAACGAAUGCAACCUCUGAUUGGUAACCUGGGAGACAAAAACCCAGGAGAGACGUCCAAAAUAUGUUUAGUAGAACCAUAGUAACCGUGAAGUGUUUUCAGCACCAAGGAAAACGUUCUAAACGGUGUUUGAAUGGUAUUUUGUUUAAUAUUUUGACAGAUAAUUAGUCAAAACAUGGACGGCCACGGUCAGGCAAAUGACGUCCAGGCCGAGCUGGACUCCGUGGAGGCGGAGCUGGAGCUGGUGGAGCUCCAGAUCGAAGACCUCCUCGAAAAGAAAACCCAGCUGACGUCCCGCAAGGAUGCGCUGCUGCGCUCACUGGAAGACGCCUGUGAUGCCGCGUCGUCGUCAAGUCAGCCUUCUGGAAUGGCUUCAGAAAUGAGCAAAGAGGAAAUGGUGCGCUAUGACUGCAAAGACUUUGCCUGGUCCGAGGACGUGACGCGGCGCCUGAAGGAUUCGUUUCACCUUUCCAAGUUCCGACCCCUGCAGCUGAGGGCCAUCAAUCUGACGCUGUCGGGGAAAGAUCUAUUUUUGGUGAUGCCCACCGGAAGAGGGAAAAGCCUCUGCUAUCAGCUACCCGCCAUCUGUUCCGAGGGUUUUACACUGGUCGUGACUCCGCUUGUAUCACUGAUGGAGGAUCAGCUCAUGUACCUCAAGUCCAUCAACGUGCCUGCAGUAAUGCUCAAUGCCUCCAGUGGCAAGCUGCUGCCGCCGCGCUGGGUCCUGGUUAAUUCCGUUAACGGACGAGACUCCGGCAUGCUGACUAGCGGCACCGCUCACGGCUGUGAACACGCUAAGACGGUUUUAGCUGGCAUGAUUGACAAGAACGCCCCAUUUAAGCUACUUUACGUGACUCCCGAGAAAAUUGCGAAGAGCAAAAUGUUCAUGUCCCGUCUGGAGAAAGCCAACAACGCGAAUCUCCUGAGUCGCAUCGCCGUCGACGAGGUGCACUGCUGCAGCCAGUGGGGGCACGACUUCAGACCAGAUUAUAAACUGUUGGGGAUCUUGAAGAGACAGUUUCCCAAGGUCCCGGUGAUUGGGCUCACAGCCACAGCGACCAGCAACAUCCUCAAGGACUGUGGAAAGAUCCUUUGUGUUCAGCAGCCAAUCACGCUCACAGCCCCGUUCAACCGAACCAAUCUCUAUUAUGAGGUCCGUGCUAAAAUGUCUGAUGAUGCAAUAAUAAAUGACAUCACCUCACUGAUUAAGAACCGAUACAAGGACCAGUCAGGGAUCAUAUAUGUGUUCUCUCAGAAGGACGCAGAGACCGUGUCCUUUGAACUCCAAAAGAGGGACAUCUUGGCCAGCCCCUACCACGCGAACCUGCCCCCUGACGAUAAGUCUCGCACUCAUCGCAAGUGGGCUGAUGGCAAAAUCCAGGUGGUGGUAGCCACGGUGGCAUUUGGAAUGGGAAUAGACAAGCCUGAUGUUCGGUUUGUCAUCCAUCACACCAUCAGCAAGUCAGUGGAAAACUACUACCAGGAGAGUGGACGGGCAGGCCGAGACGAUCUUCCGGCCGACUGCAUCGUCUACUUCGGCUUUUCCGACAUCUUCCGCCUCAGCACGAUGGUCGUGAUGGAGAAUGUCGGUCAACAGAAGCUGAACCAGAUGGUGACUUACUGCCAGAGCGUCGACAGGUGUCGCCGUGCACUCUUGGCGCUUUAUUUUGACGAAGUGUGGGAUGACAAACAGUGCAACCAGAUGUGCGACACGUGCCGCAACGGAAAAGAUGUCAUCGUCACGGACAUCACCCAACACGCCAGGCAGGUGGUUCAGAUCUUAGAGCAGGCGGCGUCCAUGGACGAAAGGCUGACCCCGCUCAAGCUGGUGGAGGCCUGGAUGGGGAGGGGCCCCGCCAAGCACAGGAAGCUCAUAGAGACCACCAGACUUUCUCGGCCACAGGCUGAGGAUGUGAUCGUCCACCUGCUGCUCCAAGGCUACCUCAGGGAAGAUUUCAGUUUCACUCCAUACACCACUUACUUUUACCUCAUACUUGGCCGCAAAGCUCCCCUGCUGAAGAGCCAAACUCACACGCUGAGCAUGAAGAUGCACACGACAUUUUCAUUGGAUGUGCCAGCUCCCAGUGAGGAGAUCAUUGAUAAGGUCUUAGACUCUUUUGUAAAGGAAAACCGCUCCCCCCCCGAAUCGAAGCAGAAACAAUUUAAAGCACGCAAGGACCUGUCGAGAAAACCGAACCCAAACCCGAGCGGCGGGAUGGACAGAAUUGCCGCCGGAGGGGACAACAAGCGGCAUCACGUCGUUGAGGUGAAUGUCGAAAUUAAGACACCGGCUAAGUCUUGCUCGAAACGGAAGUCCACCACCCCACAAAGAGCAAGGAAGAAACCCCACGCCAGAGCAACCCCGGCAGUCAUUCCAACGCCGUUCCCAGUUCCCGACCCGCCGAGUUCUCCGUCCCAUUCCUCCUUCAUUUCCGAAACUGCGGCCGAGGAGCUGUGCGACCUGCGGGACUACUACAGGAAUCAGCUCCGGAGAAUAAACCGCAUUUCCCACGAGCGUCUGGGGCAGCCCGACGAGUCGGGGAUUCUGGCUUGCAUCCGGGGACCCUUGAAGUCCCUGCGACUGCCCCGCAGGACAAGCAUCGCCCGGUCGGCCCGCAACUUGUGGACUCGUGUCAGCGGUCGGCGGAAGCUGCUCCGGCGGUGACCUUGUCCUCACAAAACAACAAAAGAUGCCUUCAGAACUAGCGGUUUGUCGCUAUUCCACAGGUAUAACACUUUCAGUUCAGGUUUAAAUGGACUUUUUUGUUUUUGUUUUUUUUUUGGUGCUUCAUCAGUACUUAUCAUGUCUUUACUCUGUAAUUAAGCUUUGCAAAUUCACAUUUUGAUUUUCUUUUGAACCGAUCUUCUGUUAUAUGUUGUAGUAACGGUGCCGAAACUACGUUGAAGUAAGUUGAGGACCUUCAUGUCGAUAACUGUCUCCACUAUCUUCCAAAAUCGCGUUGGAAAUUUAUUUUGCACGUUUCCACUGUUAACACCUUUUGAUGCCGUGGAAGCUCUCAGCCCACGACUUGUGCUGUAAGAUGUGAUGACUAAAAAUGUCAGGAAAAGCCGACUGCAGCAUCUGAACUUGAUUUGGGUUUAAUCACAGCCAAUUAACAUCAUGGCAGUUUUAAAAGCAGUGUCACGAACCAACGGUGCGAGGGCGGACCCAAAUGCAGGACUCCAAGACGAGGACAUGAUGUUAGAUGUGGUUUUAUUUCGAAAGCUGGUCGACACCAAAAAUCAGUUCAAAAACAAGGCAGAGGCACAAAACCGCUAGGCUAGGCAGGAUCCAAAAAGACAUUCAGCAAGGUCCGAUGACUAUGGGGCAAACUAACAAUCUUAACCUGACGGGAUUAACCAAAGGGCACAGAAUCGCUGUGACGAGGAUAGGUCAACACUACACUUACUCUCAGUGGGGGAGAAUCCAACUGGCAGUGAACGCAACACACUGACACAAGGCAACAAACUGGCAACGGCAGUGACAAAAAUCCAAACUUAAAGCCCAACUGUCAUGCCUAUAGAUAUUGUAAUGAAAAGUACAUAUAACAUUAAUCACUUCAAUGUCUAUACGAAAGAAUAAAGCGCGUCGUCCAUGCGCAAAGUUGCGGAAGUCUCAUUCGACAUUCAAGUGGUAGCCAUAUUGGCUGCAUCUUCUGUCCGUGACGUCACCCCGGACAUUCGCCAUUGAAAACACGCUGUGGCCCCUACUAUGGGAGACGAACACUCCCCUUCUGACACGGAAGUUGUUUUCGAAGAACAUCUCGCAACCGAGUGAAGUGACCGGGGCAAUAUUACCCUAUUGUCUCGAGCCAUAUUUAGAUGAUAUGCGGAUCACGGCCAAACCGCCUCCCCGUCCGAUCCACCUCCGCGGCGAGAAUAAAAACAAUGCCCCCCGCGAGCGAGCGACUACGACAAUGGCGCGACCAAACCACCUUCUCAUCCGAUCACCUCUGCGGCGGUGAUAACGUUGCCUGGUGCCGUGAUGAGGCACCGCGUCCGCGGAUCACAGUUUCGGCCAGGGUAGCACUUCAACACAUUUUGCACCCCUGAUUUACAGAUUACGUCCCCCUCUCCAACUACAGCGAUGCCUCAGUUCUCGACCACAGUCCGUUCCAGAAAACGGUUCAAAAAGUGAAUUGUUUGAAAACCGAAUCGAUUUUUAGUAGCUGUAUACACACCUACCUGUCAUUUGGAGCCCACGAAGCUCUCGUCCUCUGCACCCGUGCAAUCCAUUUUUCAAGACAAAACCGGGUCUCUUGAGAACUUAUGAAGGGUAAAUCCAUCCUCCCGUGUGUUCGAACAAUAUCCAGCAAUGCAACGAGCCGGGAUUUGGCUAACACGAAGGAACAACCAGCUACCUUCCCGCAGGUAAAACUAAUAGAAACAAACGAGUCCACUUGAGGGUGGUCCUGCCAUGUACGUCACUUCCUGCUUCUUCUCGAAAACAAAUCCCUCGAGAGGAUCUUCAUGGCGGGAGUUACAAAAAGUUGAACACGUCAAAAUCAUUUUUUUUUGCCUUGCUCAUGACAAGGGGUGUCAAACUCAUUUUUGUCGCCGGCCACAGUUAGUUGCGGUUCCCCUCAGACAGGCAUCCAAGUCUUUAAUUGCCUCUUCACAUUCCCAAAAAAAAUCAUUUAUAACUGCGGGACCUUGAGUUGGGUUUCCGCACGGACUGUUUUUGUUGUUGCUUUUCCGGAGUGGGCAUUUCACGGAGUUCCCGC